UUGGGUUCCAUGUUGUCCUAGCAGAGGAAUAAGAGAAAGAGGAAUUCAUUGACUACUGGGAGUCGGGAUACCCUCUCCCACCUGUUGUCCCUCACCCAUUUUCACUGGCCGCGGAGUCUCCCACUAGCCGCGGAGGAAAACUUUCUUUCCAACGGCAGAGUUAUUUAAGCACCGACGACGUGUGGAGUGCAGCGCUCAGCGUCAGUUGAACCUAAUCACGUGUAUAUAAUUAACCAUUUAUUGCAAAACCUUUGAGUAUCGUAGCCGAAGUCAAUGGAGUGAGGUCCAAACAGUGGAAGAGAUUGAAAAACAAAGUAAAGAAUUAAAAGGAUCCACGUUAACAGGAAUACGUUUCCUGAAUCAAUAUCAAAUAGCGUGAGGAUUGAUACAGCGUGGAAAAACGCACAAUAUUUACUUGAAGUGUUAAGCCGUAAAUAUCAAUGCGGUGGAAGUGGAGGACACACCUCAUCUGUUGGGAAAUGGGUCUACCACUGACAAAAAUCGGAGUAUUGUGGUGUUUUGUUUCGGCAGCUAAUGCACUACUUUCUUGCUGCAGUUUUUACUCACCGUACUGGAUACGCGGAGAGAUUUUUAAUCAUACAGAAGUGUAUCUUGGUCUCAUUCGCCGAUGCAAUUACCCAGUAAUGUUAGAAAACCAAAGGAGACUGCACCCUAUACGACAAUGAGUACCUUCAUAUCAUCAAUAUGUGCGCUCAUCUUCUUUAUGCAUCUGUGUAAUACACUCGACAUCAUUAUGGACUGUGGUCGGUAUGCGAAUUUCUGGGCGAUUCCAUCACCGUGGUGGCGUUUGGCCGUUGCACUGGCGGGAACGUCUUGCGCGUUAGCAUUAUUGGUCUUCUUUAUCAUUGUGUUAUGCUGCGCUGUCGAAAACUCUGUUAGUCGGAUCAGCGCAAGGCUCGUGGGCGCUUCGCAAGUUUUUGGGGGUGUUAUACAGUUAGCUGCAUUAGUGUGCUUUGCCAUGGGCCUAAACAACUUGGAGGCGCGCGAAGCGUGUGGAGAGUCUGCUGCGGCCUUUCAAACUGGUCCAAAAUGUGAUCUUUUUUGGGCCUUCUACGUGGCUUCGUUGAGUAGUCUGUUAGCUUUAACCGGUCUCGCUAUGGCCUGGCGCGCCUGCGACAUUGAGUAUUCCUACCUAUACCGGAUAUCAACGAAAAACCUUCUUAGAAGCACACCGUUAUGCAGGAUGUCGCUAGGAGCCUGGGCGGCUGAGAGCUUAUGACGCUGGGCCGGGUAUCAGACGUGUCAUGAAGACGUAGUCGAUGAUGGAAUCCAUUGUAUAUCGUGAACGACUUCAAUGGCUGACUUCAUUGAAACGACUCUCGACUAUCUUUCCGCCAAAGCUCGGACAGUAGCAUUAAUAAAAUGUUAAUAUAAACUGGAUAGAGAUGUACAAAUUGGUAAAUAAACU